CGAAGUGGUCACGUAUUUUUUUUUACUUUAUGCAUGGAUAUUUUUUCCUAAGCUUUUGUUUUAACUUUCUGCAUUUUAAAACAGUCAUCUAUACUUCCAUGUUCCUUUCAAAUAGUACUUGUACGAGGGAGUAGUUCAGCCUCCGCCGAUGACGUAGAAUACGCAUAGUACCUUAAUUAUUAUUAUUAUUAUUAUUAUUAUUUAACUUCCUGCCUUCUAAAACAGUAAUCUAUACUUUCUUGUUCCUUUUAAAUGGCACUUGUAGGUCGACUGGGCAUAGAAUACCCAUAGGACCCUAAAACAUUGGAUAAAAGCAGGAACAACAGUGACAUGGAUGAAUGAGAACCAGGGAGCGCUUCUAAAGAAAAGCCCAGAAAGAUCACCCAAGACCUGCAUUUCCGAUCAUCUAGGAAGCCUCCAGUCUGAUUUCUUUCAAACAUUCCUCACUGCAAUGGAUAGAAAGCUGGUUCUCCUUUUAAUCCUCCAAUUAGCUCCUCAGCUUAGCACUGAUGAAGAUAGCUUUGAUAAAAAGGAGUUGGCGUUGCGGGUGGUCACCAACAGCACGUCCUGCAGUGUUACAUGUGGCAUUGGCAUGAAAACGCAAACGGUUUGCUCGUACAAACAUACCAAUGCGAUGUUGCAGAAGAAAUCGAAAGAGCUUUCCGAUGAAGACCAGAAGACGGAAAAGUGUCACGAUGAGAAAGUCAGGUGUCAAGAGUUUAAGAAGUGUGGAAUCAAGACUGUCACUAGGACCGUGGGAGAUAUGCUGGAGCUGGAUUGUCUGUUCGAGAAAACGAUACUGAUGAAUACACUCUCAUGGAGGGUCAGUUGGUACUACGCCCCAGGGUUAAUCAGCUCUGACGACAAGCUUUUCAUGCGCUUUACGUCUCCGCAAGUGGACCUGCUCAUUCUGGACCCAAUCAAGGAGAAACACGCAGGAACGUACCGCUGUGACGUCCUUGAUCCCAAUUCCAAAAUGUUGAAAUCCGUUUACUGGGGUGUCAGAGUGCUCCCAAAAGGGUUCAUCAAUCUGGACUACGAGCACGCUCAGAGUAUGUGGAACACACCUUGGAACGAGAAGACGGACAUUAUGUCGAAUCGCUACGGUUCCCUGAGCUUCUGGGUAUACAUAAUGUUGGCCUUUCUGAGCAUUCUCAACAUUGUAGGGGUGCUCAUCCUGGUCCUGAAAAUCUGGGCGAAAAGAGGCUCAUAUAAACUCCCUGAGGAUGAAAACACACCUGAAGCUAUGACUCAGAUUUGAUAGCUCCUGGAGUUUAUGCAUGCCAUCACACAAAGCA